UAUUUUCUAUUCUUUUCUUCCUAAGUACAUUAAAAUGAAGCUUAUUUAUGGAUAUGAAAUGAACUCUGCGCCUGGUCAAAUUGGCCAUGUUGUUUGUCCGCCUCUUCUCUCAAAAAAAAUUACCGUUUCAAGUGCAGGCAACACAACUCGGUGGGUAUUUUAUGGUACUCGUCAACAAAUACUGGAAUGGAUUCGAGAACAUCCUGACAUGACUGUUGAAAAUGCAGUCUUUAUUGGUGGUGCGAAUAGCAGCCAUGUUCAUACAGAACUAGUGAUUGAUUUACAAUAUGUAUAUGAUCAAGAACAAUCUUAUGCAGAAUAUAUCAAAUCCUACUUUGUUGAUAUUCAUGAUGUAGAGCGUGUCAAGGUAGAAAUCAGACCUCGUACUGAAUCAAGAGAUAGUAUCACACCUUGUCUGAGUCGAAUCAUUGUAGCUAGCGGUGCUCGUCUUUUUGACUUUUUAGAGGAUUUUGAAAUUCAAUGGUUUAAACCUUCUCAGUCUUAUGUCCAACAAACAGUACACCUAUUUUCAGAUGCGCCUACACCAAGCCAUGUCUUGAGUGCAAAACCUCCUAGUUCAAUUCAGAUUGAAAACAAAACUACUACAGUACCUGCUGAAACGGAUAUUACUGCUACUCGUAUUCAUGCCAAUUAAAAUAAUAAUAAUAAUAAAAUAUUUUUUUUCCUCUUUCUUUCUUUUAUAUAUAUAUAUAUAUAUGAAUCGCUUUAUUCGUUCCUACAGUACAAAAGUUGCAGUAGAUAAGCAGUGCAUA